AUGCACAUUUUGACUGUGUCGUCGCCGCCGCUAGAAGAGCACUCAACCGCAACAAAGGCAACGAAUGGCCUUCUGCUUCCGGCGCUCACUGAGCCCGCUAUCUCCGCACCAUCGUUGCCAAGGUCGUCGAGAGAAAGGAUCACCUCGCUAAGCUUGAAUCCCUUGAUUGCGGAAAACCAUUCAAUGAAGCUGCCUGGGACAUGUUGCUUCGAGUUUUAUGCUGACCUUGCCGAGAAACUCGACGCUAAGCAAAAGGCACCUGUUUCUCUUCCCAUGGAAACUUUCAAGAGAGAAAUACAUGAUACUUUGAUCUGUGUGAUUAUUGUAAAGAUCAUUCAAUCAAAUGUAAUUGUAGGAUGGGGAACUAACGAGGAUUUGAUCAUAUCGAUCUUGGGUCAUCGAAAUGCUGCUCAGAGGAAGCUGAUUCGAAAAACUUAUUUUGAGACUUAUGGAGAAGAUCUCCUCAAGGCCUUGGACAAGGAGCUUAGCAAUGACUUCGAGAGGUUGGUACUUCUUUGGACACUUGAUCCUGCUGAGCGAGAUGCGUUUUUGGCGAACGAAGCAACCAAAAGAUGGGCUUCAAGCAAUCAGGUUUUGAUGGAAAUAGCUUGUACCAGGUCCUCUGACCAAUUGCUUUUCGCAAGGAAGGCUUAUCAUGCUCGUUAUAAAAAGUUUCUCGAGGAGGAUGUUGCUCAUCACACAACUGGGGAGUUCCGUAAGGUACUGCUUCUAGUUCUAGAUCAUAAUUAUGAGUGCGUUGUAAAAUAUUGUACAUACAUUAAUGUGAAGCGUGUGGUACUUAUAUUGAUUAGUUAA